GUGCAGUGCAGGCAGGCGCUCUUCAGCUCUGAGGUACGGCGUUUUCUGAAAACCGCAACCUCUCUUUCGGAGACUGUUGAUGUUCUGUGGCUCUUAGGCUACGCAUCCUAUGGAAGGCGACUCGCCGGCUAGCUCUGGAAACUCCAGUUCCCGGAGUGCAACGCGCCGCGCAAAGGCCGACGGAGCUGUUCACCGGCAGCCUGCUUAAAGGGGCAGCAACUACUUUUCUGUCGCACGUCAGAAGAGUCUGAAGUAAGAAGAGGGCGGUGCCGUCCCCCGUGUCCUGGUCCCGCGGCCAGGAGAGAUGUGGGCAAGUCCACGUCGGUCCUUUUGCUCGCCGCUCUGGGGAGCUCCCGAUCGGGGACAGUGAUGCUGAGGUUGCUUGUCCAGAGAGCGGCCUCCUCCAUCGGGCUGAAAAUGUGUGUGUAAAAUGAGAGCCGAUUAUAGCAGAAGUCUGUGUGCCCCACCCUCCAUCCUUGGACCAUGAAGGUGCUGGAUGAGAGUCUCUUCUGGAUGCUGCUUCCUUUCUGUCACCUGAUAGCCAGCGCUGCAGAGCACGAGGAGGUCGCAAAGCAUGCCAUCAAGUUACACCGAGGGAAGGGCGCCACGGCCAUGCAGAGGAAGCAGUGGGUCCUGGACAGCUGCCGGCGGCUCACUGGGCUCCUGCGGCAGAAGAACGUGGUUCUGAACAAGCUCAAGAAUGCCAUUCGAGCAGUGGAGAAGGACACCAGCCUCUCCAGGGAGGAGAAGCUCUUCCAGGUGCACACCUUUGAAAUUUUCCAGAAAGAGUUGAACGAGAGUGAAAAUUCAGUCUUCCAGGCGAUCUAUGGACUGCAGAGAGCCCUGCAGGGGGACUACAGGGAUGUGGUCAACAUGAAAGAGAGCAGCAAGCAGCGGCUGGAGGCUUUGAGGGAGGCCGCCAUCAAGGAAGAGACAGAAUAUGUGGAACUUCUUGCUGCAGAAAAACACCAAGUGGAAGCCUUGAAAAAUAUGCAGCAUCAGAACAAGAGUCUGUCCAUGCUCGACGAGAUUCUCGAAGACGUGAGGAAAGCAGCGGACCGUUUGGAGGAGGAGAUAGAGGAGCAUGCGUUUGACGACAAUAAAUCGGUCAAAGGCGUCAACUUUGAGGCAGUUCUGAGAGUGGAGGAGGAGGAGGCCAAUUCCAAGCAGAAUAUCACAAAGAGGGAAGUGGAGGAGGGCCUGGGCCUCAGCAUGCUUAUCGACUCCCAGAACAACCAGUAUAUUCUGACCAAGCCCAGAGAUUCCACUAUCCCACGUGCAGACCACCACUUCAUUAAGGACAUCGUGACCAUAGGAAUGCUAUCCUUACCAUGUGGCUGGCUGUGUACGACAAUAGGAUUGCCUACAAUGUUUGGUUAUAUCAUCUGUGGUGUGCUUCUGGGGCCCUCAGGGCUAAACAGCAUUAAGUCUAUUGUACAGGUGGAGACAUUAGGAGAAUUUGGGGUCUUCUUUACCCUGUUUCUUGUUGGCUUGGAAUUUUCUCCAGAAAAGCUGAGAAAGGUAUGGAGAAUCUCCUUACAAGGACCUUGCUAUAUGACGGUACUGAUGAUUGCCUUUGGCUUAUGGUGGGGACACCUUCUGCGGAUCAGACCCACCCAGAGUGUCUUCAUUUCUACCUGUUUGUCCUUAUCAAGCACACCCCUGGUGUCCAGGUUCCUAGUGGGCAGUGCCCGAGGUGAUAAAGAAGCAGGUGACAUUGACUACAGCACAGUGCUGCUUGGCAUGCUGGUGAUGCAGGAUGUGCAGCUGGGGCUGUUCAUUGCCGUCAUGCCAACACUCAUACAGGCCGGAGCAAGCACAGCUUCCAGCGUCUUCAUGGAAGUGCUGCGGAUACUGUUUCUGAUUGGACAGAUUCUCUUUUCGCUAGCUGCUGUUUUUCUUCUAUGUCUUGUCAUAAAGACUUAUCUCAUAGGACCGUACUAUCGAAAGCUGCAUGUGGAAAGCAAAGGGAACAAAGAAAUCCUUAUCCUGGGAGUAUCCGCUUUCGUCUUCCUAAUGCUGACGGUCACAGAGUUGCUGGACGUCUCUAUGGAGCUUGGCUGCUUCCUGGCUGGAGCGUUGGUCUCUUCUCAGGGACACAUGGUCACCGAGGAGAUCAUGGCUUACAUCGAGCCUAUCCGGGACUUCCUGGCCAUCAUCUUCUUCGCAUCCAUAGGGCUUCAUGUGUUCCCCACCUUUGUGAUCUAUGAGCUGACUGUGCUGGUAUUCCUCACCCUGUCCGUGGUCAUCAUGAAGUUUGUAUUGGCAGCACUGGUCCUGUCUCUCAUCCUGCCAAGGAGCAGUCAGUACAUCAAGUGGAUUGUAUCUGCAGGGCUGGCACAGGUCAGUGAGUUCUCCUUUGUCCUGGGGAGCCGAGCACGGAGAGCAGGCAUCAUCUCAAGAGAGGUAUACCUCCUCAUCCUAAGCGUGACCACCCUUAGCCUCUUACUCGCACCGGUGCUGUGGAAAGCAGCCAUCACAAAGUGUGUGCCGAGACCAGAGAGGAGGUCAAGUCUCUGACAGCAGCAGAUGAUGGCGGACUGUGGGGUGGGGAUCCUUCACGGGGGUUGCGCGUCCUGAGGUGAUCUGUUGUGCACCUCCCGCUGGCCUCCCCUCAGAGACAGGAACACUGACAAAGAGGCAGUGUCCUCGUGUUUGCUUGCGUUUUCAAAAAGCUCCCCUGUCAUGUUUAAGAAUUUUCCAGAGUAAUUUAUUUGCAGUCAGUUGAUUAUAUACAGUUUUAACACUGCAUUUUACAGUCACCUGAACUAUUUUGCCUGGAUGUGCCUUUUUUAACAAAAAUUAUUAACUUCCUCUUGUUAAUUCAUCAGCUCAUGAUUUUUGGCAAAGAAGAAAAAUGAGAAAGCCUUUUUAUUUAUUGUACAAUUACAGUCUGUUGGUCAAGUGUUUGUUAUUAAACAUGAUGGUGAUGGGAGAUUUUAUUUUUGAGCUAGAUUUUAUUUUUGAUCUUUAAAGUUUCCAUGUCCUCUUGCCUCUUGUAACUAUUUUAAAUAAAACACUUUCAUGUUGA